UUACAUCCUCCCACCUGUAGGUGUCACUGUGUCCCUCUAUGGUGGUGUCCUGUCUGUCCUCCAUCCUGUGUACUCUAUGAUGAGGAAGUGAUUGCAGUGACAGUAGCAGUGUCGCAGUCGGUGUCGCAGUCGGUGUCGGGGGUUGGAUCGGGGAGCGCACACACCAUGGGGAUUCUAUCCGACCCGAACCGUAGGCAGGCCCUCUCCCGCGUCAUCACCAGUCUGAACGCCCCCCUGUGUGUCAUCAGCUAUCUGAUUGGUGUGUGCUGGUUCCUGGGCCUGGCCUUCCAGCCAUUCACUCUGCGGACCUACAUCUCCGAGAACUCCAUGGGCUCCACCAUGGUGGACGAGAAGUUCAUCUACGGCGACCGAGCGCUCUCCUACACCCGCGAGUUCACCGCGCACAAGAAGGCCGCCGGGGGGUCUCCCGUGGCGUGGUUGGAGAGGACGAUGCGGGGGAUGGGCCUGGAGGUUUACACGCAGAGCUUCGUGCGGAAUCUUCCCUUCCCUGAUGAGGCCACCGAGAGAUUCAUGGUGAAGGGUACCAACGUGUACGGCAUCCUGCGGGCCCCUCGUGCUGCCAGUACAGAGUCCCUGGUCCUCAGCGUCCCCUGCAGUGAGGGGCAGAAUAACAACCAAGCUGUGGGGCUCCUCUUAUCCCUCGCAUCCUACUUCAGAGGGCAGAUCUACUGGGCCAAGGACAUCAUCUUCCUGGUGAAUGAACAUGACCUGAUCGGCAUGGAGGCGUGGCUGGAGGGUUACCACGAUGUCAAUGUCACAGAGAUAAAGUCAUCGGUGAUGAUGGGGCGCGCGGGCGCCAUUCAGGCAGCGAUAUCCCUGGAGAUGAGCAGUGAUGUCAUCACCAGCUUUGAUGUGGUGGUGGAGGGGCUCAAUGGACAGCUGCCCAACCUGGACAUGGUCAACCUCUUCCUCGCCUUCUGCCAGAAGAACCAACUGCUGUGCACCAUCCAAGGCAAACUGCAGCGGAGCGACUAUGACACUUUGCCCGGGUACAUCCACAACCUGCAGACGAUGAUGCUGAUGGUCCUGAAGCAGGGCUCCGGCCGGCCGCAGGGGGACCACGGCCUGUUCCUCCGAUACCACAUCGAAGCCAUUACCCUGCGCGGCAUCAACAGCUUCCGCCAAUACAAAUACGACACGGUCACCAUCGGACAAACCAUAGAAGGAAUGUUCCGCAAGCUGAACAACCUAUCAGAGCGGCUCCACCAGUCGUACUUCUUCUACCUGCUGCCCUCCCUCUCCCGCUUCGUCUCCAUCGGGAUUUACAUGCCGGCCAUCGGCUUCAUCAUCCUCAUCCUCAUCCUCCGAUCUCUGGAUCUGUGGAUCAAGCUGAGCCGGUCCGAGUCCGGGGCCGAGGACGGAGGCGGGGACACUGAGCAGGACACCAGGCCCAGCAUCCUGUCCCUGGCCACCCCGAUCGUCAUCUGCCACGCUACCGGCCUCAGCCUCUACUACCUACCGGUGAUGAGCCAGGAGAUGGCCACCGAUCACUUCCCCGUGUCCGAGUCCGAGGCCGUGGUGCUGAUCGCCAUCGCUAUCUACGUGGCUGGGCUGGCGCUGCCCCACAACACACACAGGGUUCUGACCGGCUCCGGCUCGGAUCAGGGAUGGAUGACCCUCAAGCUCAUCUCCCUCUUAUAUCUGGCUGUCCUGUUGGGUUGUAUCGCCGUCAUCAACUUCUCCCUGGGCUUCAUCCUGGCCGUCACCCUUGUACCCGUGGCUGCCGUGGUCCAGCCUGUGGGGCCCAAGCUCCUCCAUGCCCUUCUUCUCAUCCUGGUGACCCCGGCGGCCACCCUCCUCGGCAGCAUCUUCCUGUACAGGGAACUGAUCGAAUACCCCGUCUCCUUCUUAGAAUGCUGGCAGAUCUUCCUGCAGGCCAUCGCAGGCGGCAUGCUAGACCAUUACCUCUACGGAUCCUUGCUCUUCCCCUUCACCGCCUUCUUCAUUUACCCGUGUUGGCUUCAGCUGUGGAACGUGGUCUUCUGGAAGUGAACUCGGCGUGGUCCUCCUUCCCCCGACAAAUCUUCCUGGCCUGGACCUUCUUCCUUUUAUCUGCCCAGGAGGGGUGACGACGCGGGAAGCGCCAUCUUGUUCUCGUACCGGGAAGCGGCCAAUCUCAGGUGAAGGGUCCGGCCGCAGACGGGUCUGGGAAAUAUUUAUUGAAUCGGAAGCUGCGGGAGAGAAGAUUUCCGCGCAUGAUCUUCAUUUACUGACUUUUUAUAUUGACUUCUUGUUGAUUUUUUUGUUUUUUCUUUGGGUUUUGAGGAAGAAGUAGGAGGAGCCAUGAGAACACCAGGAAUGAGGAUCGGAGUGAUGUCACUGUGAUGUCACUGUGUACUCUCCUAUCCACCAAUGGAGAUGUCUUCAAAGAGGACCUGUUCUCCAAAGACCGCGGCCUUUUCUCCAAAGUCCGCGGCCUUUUCCCAGGAUCGCGGCGGACUAGGCCGAAGUUGCGACCUCGCCUAAAAAAUCCUGCUCGCAGCUCGCCGCGAUCCUGGGGAAAUGCCGCAAGGAAGGCCGAAGCCGCAGCCUCGCCUGUCUUUUCCCAGGACCGCGGCGGACUAGGCCGAAGCCGUGGCCUUGCCUAAAAAAUCCUGCCCGCAGUGCUCCGUGAUCCUGGGAAAUAGCAGCGAGGCCGCACGCCGCGGACUAGGCUGAAGCCGCAGCCUUGUGGUCUUUUCCUAGGAUCGCGGCGAGCUGCGACCAGAAUUUUUUAGGCGAGGCCUUUUUUCAGGAUUGCGGUGAACUGCGAGCAGGAUUUUUAAGGCGAGGCCUUUUCCCAGGAACGCGGCGGACUAGGCCGAAGCCGCUGCCUCGCCUAAAAAAUCCUGCCCGCAGCUCUCCGUGAUCCUGGGAAAUAGCAGCGAGGCCGCACGCCGCGGACUAGGCUGAAGUCGCAGCCUUGUGGUCUUUUCCCAGGAUCGCGGCGAGCUGCGACCAGGAUUUUUUAGGCAAGGCCUUUUUCCAGGAUCGCGGCGAACUGCG